GGGUCCUUGUCAGGAUUCUGUAAGUCUUAGAUUGAGUCUAUAGGUUUGUCAGUCAGGGGUCAGAGCCUACGUGGUGAGGUUUGGAACCACUAACCCGGUUGUACACUUAUCACCAUGGUUGAGACCCGUAGUGGGAAGGAGACUAGCCCCUACACCCCUGAGCAGCAAGCAAAGAUGGCCGCCUUAGUGAAAGAGAACAAGGAGAGAAAAGAGCGCGAGAAGCAGGCGAAGCUAAAGGCUAUCGCAGAUGAGCAAGCGGCGAAGCUGAAGAAGUUGGAGGAGGAGAUGAAGAGAGUACAACAAGAGGAGGAAGAAAGAAGGCAGGCUGCUGAAGCAGAAGCGGCAGCAGAAGAAGAGAAAGAGAGAAUCAGAAUUGAGAGUGGAGAAGGGAGCAGUGGUGGCACGAUGAAGUGGGAGACAGAUACUGAGCUGGAGAAGAAGAUCAGCGAGUGGGUCGCUAAUUUAUCGUUGGGGGAAGACGAGGAGGUGGAGUCAUAUGUGACUAAGGAUGAGAAGGCUGUGCUGGCCGCUGAGCUAGCAGCCAUGACAGACCCGAUGGAACGAAGAGAGAGGGAAGACGAGCAAAAGUUAGCAUGGAAGCUGAGAAUGAAAAGGGAGAAGAAGAGAAGGAGAGAGGAAGUGAAUAAGAUGACCGUAACAGUGGCCAAGGUGCAGGAGUGUAGAGCGGAGGUGCUGGCCCAGCCAGAUGAUAAGGCCAAGUGGGACAAAGUACUGGGGGAUUUUGCGCGCGAAAUCGUCACCCACAUUGGGGGCGAAGUCAAACAGUUGAGGGACAAUGUAGGGAAGUUUUGUGAGGGCGCCAUUCAGGGUGCCAAAGCUGCAGCCGCUGUAGAAGGAGAGGCCAGACCCCGUAAGGACCCAGUGAAACUUAAGUUCCCAGACGCGUACGUGGGAAAGAAGGACGAGAACUUUGACAACUGGGAGGCCAGUGUCAAUAGUUACAUUUAUUUACAACAUAUCCUGAUAGAGGAGCAAGUCCUCGUGGCCUUCCAGGCCCUGAAGGACGAAGCGGCUAGCUUCGCCAGGUCUCUCGCGCAUACAGCCGGUUGUGAGAACAACCUGGUUGCAUAUUCCAAAGUCACCCCUCUUUCCCAAUUCCUCAAGCUCCUCAAGGAGCGUUUUGCUGACCCAAUGCGAGGCAUUAGAGCCUCUGACAAGCUGCAAACGAUCCACUCACGACAGUGGAGGAGUGCCAGGGCGCUCAAGGGUACCAUGAACGACUUAGUGGUCGUCCUGGACCAUGGGGUCAUUGAGACCCAGUUGGUCCAAUUGUUUUAUCGUGCCAUACCAGAGGCCCUGCGCGAACAUUUCUUUGACAAAUCUCAACAGGACGGCAUCACAUAUGAUGCAUUCAGUAGAGAAGUCGUCCAGUAUGAGUCAGAGUCUAUGCCAGUUACCACCUUCUGGCACAAAGACUUGGAAAAAGGAAAAGGGUGGAAUGGGUGUACCAUCUCUGGCCAAGUCAAGGCCAAGGAUCAUAUGAUCCUUACCUUAGAGGAGGGUGGUACAGGCGAGGUUCCGUAUAGUCAGAUCGAGUGGGGCCUCGAGGAUGAUGGCAGUAGUGUGGGGCAAGGGAGGUCCUAUGCUGCUGUCGCGGUUGGAGGGAGGCCGCAAGGUAGAGGAGGAGGCCAGGGCCAAAGGGGCCAGGCCAUGGGAGGCCGAGGACCGGGCGCGCAGGGGGUUGGCGGCCAAGGAAACCGCCAAGCGGGAGUCUAUCUAGAUGAUAUCCUAGUUUUUAGUAAGACCCUCCAGGAGCAUCAGGGUCAUCUGAGGCAGGUCUUGGGGAAGCUACGAGAGGCUAACUUCAAGAUCAACGCAAAGAAGUGCGAGUGGGCCAAAACGCAAGUCCUGUAUUUAGGCCACGUAUUAGACGGAGAUGGCUUUAAGCCAGAGGACAACAAGAUAGCGGCGAUUAGAGAUUGGCCGACGCCCCGAACAUUGACAAAGCUGCGGUCGUUCCUAGGCUUAGCUAACUACUACGGGAAGUUCGUGAGGAACUUCUCCACUAUCGUCGCUCCCUUGCACCGAUUGCUGAAGAAAGAGGCAAUCUGGCAAUGGGACAAAGACUGUACGUCUGUGCUCAAGACGCUAAAGCGCGAGUUAAUAGAGUAUCCUGUCCUCAAAGUUGCAGAUCCGUCUUUGCCAUGUGUCGUCACCACGGACGCAAGUCAGUAUGGGAUAGGCGCCGUGUUGCAGCAAGACGAUGGCAAUGGCUAUAGACCCGUUGAGUUCAUGUCAGCGAGGAUGCCCUGUGAGAAGGUAGCUACCUCCACGUACGAGAGAGAACUCUACGCUCUCAGGCAGGCUUUAGACCAUUGGAAGCACUAUUUGCUUGGGAGGCACUUCAAAGUGUAUUCUGACUAUGACACACUUCGUUGGCUAAAGACACAGGCCAAGAUGACAACUAAGUUGACUAGGUGGGCCGCAGAGAUAGACCAAUCCAACUUUGAGCUCAAGCCAGUAAAGGGCAAAUACAAUGUAGUUGCGGAUGCUCUGAGUAGGAGAUCAGACUACUUUGGAGCCAUAGUACACUAUCUGGAUAUAGGGAGAGACCUGCAGGAGAAAGUGAGGCAAGAAUAUGUGCAGGACCCCAUCUAUAGCGACCUCCUAAAGAGAGUUAGAGAGGCCCCAGAGACUGAACCAAACUACCGCACUACAGACGGGUUGCUGUUUGAGAAGACUAAUGUGUUUGACCGCCUGUGCGUUCCCAACAGCGAAGAGAUCCGCAGUUUGAUUUUAGGGGAAUUCCACGAUACUGAAGGGCAUUUCGGUUGGCAAAAGACAUUAGCCAACCUGAUGCGUGCGUAUACCUGGCCAGGGAUGAAGAAUGACUGCAUAGAGUAUGUCCCCCAGUUGUAAAGUGUGCCAGAGGAAUAAGUCUACUACACGCGCGCCCCUAGGUCUUCUCAGACCCUUGCCUAUUCCGGAUCAGCCGGGAGA